GAAUCUCUGGCUUCAGGCGAGACAUCUAAUGCUAAAGAACGGGCUAAUAAGUCAUUGGAUACGUUCAAACGCAAAGCAAAUUCACGGAGGUGGACAAGAAAAAACACGGCUAAGUUGAAUACGGAAAAUAUGAGAAAAGCUUAA